AGCACGACCACAGCCGGCUGCCACAAUGGGAAAGAUCGUUUUCUACGAAGACAGAAACUUCCAGGGCCGAAACUACGAGUGCAGCAAUGAAUGUUCGGACCUGCACUCCCAUUUCAACCGCUGCAACUCCAUCCGAGUGGACAGCGGUGACUGGAUGGUCUACGAGAGGCCCAACUACACGGGCUACCAGUACUUUCUAAGGAAGGGCGACUACCCGGACUACCAGCGCUGGAUGGGAUUCAACGACUGCGUCCGAUCCUGCCGUAUGAUCCCCGUGCACCAAGGCUCUCACAGGAUGACGAUCUACGAGCGCACGGAGUUCGGAGGCCAGACGAUGGAGCUGACCGACGACUGCCCCUCUCUGUACGAACGCUUCCACUUCAACGACGUUCACUCUUGCAAGGUCAUGGACGGCCACUGGAUCUUCUACGAGCACCCCCAUUACAGGGGACGCCAGUACCUGAUGCGUCCCGGUGAAUACAGGAGGUUCCACGAGUGGGGAAGCACGAGUCCCAGGGUGGGAUCAAUCAAACGUGUCAGUAUGUGAAAGCACGACCGUGCACAUCUUGUUCAUGUGAAAUAUUACCAAUAAAGUCGAUGAAUGGAACAGGA